AUGGAGGUCACCGAAACAUUCCCUCUAUCUGCUCUCGUGUUGACAAAGCUUACAGAAUCUUUGCCCGCGGCGAAAAUACACUCUUCCAAAUGGCCGUACAUUGAAGGCCUAAAAUUAGCUGAUCCGCAGUAUUACUUGCCAGCUCGCAUAAACUUAAUUAUAGGAUCUGAUGAAAUGUAUUCUCUAUUGGAAACAGAGGUUAUAAAGGGCCCGCCUAAUACUCCGAUCGCGCAGAAGACAGUUUUUGGCUGGGUGCUGUUCGGCAAGUUAACUACUUUAGGUAAAUCGAACAAUACAUCUCCUUGCUUAUAUUCAGAUAUCGACUUAACAAAGGCAGUGAUAAAGGCGUGGACACUUGAUGAAUUACCGGAGACUCGUUACUUUACUACUGAAGAGACAAGAUGUGAAAAGCUAUUCGAAACAACUCACCGACGAAACACGCAAGGACGCUUUAUCGUGCAUUUGCCAUUUAGGCAAAACAUUAAAUUAGGUGACUCAUGGGCUAUAGCGGUACAAUCUUGGUCAAGAAUGGAAAGAAGGCUUGAGCUAAAUAACGAGCAUCGAGAACAAUAUCAUGCAUUCUUGCACGAUAUGUUGGAUCAGGGUCAUAUGGAGUCGGUAAGUAACGUGCCUUCGUCAAAUUGGUAUAUUCCACAUCACAGCGUUAUCAAAGAGUCGAGCUGCACAACGAAAACUCGUAUCGUCUUCAGCGCUUCGCAAAAAAACACAAACGGCCUGUCGCUUAAUGAUAAUUUGAUGAUCGGGCCGCAACUUCUAUUUUAA